CGCGUGAUUUCUCAGACCCACAUGUCAAGAAUAUGUCACCUCAAGUUGUAACAAGUUACGCAGUUGAUAUAUGGGCAGUAGGAUGUAUCUUUGCCGAAUUAAUGUUACGAACACCAUAUCUUCCUGGGGAAACAGAUAUAGGACAAUUGGAAACGAUAUUUUCAGCAUUAGGGACACCAACUGAAGAUGAAUGGCCGGGAUUUACGGAAUUAUCGAAUAAUGUUCGAUUUCAAAAAUAUGCUCGGACACCUCUUAAACAACUUUUUACAGCUGCAGGAAAUGAUGCGAUAGAUUUAUUAGAAAAAUUAUUAGUGUAUGAUCCUAAUAAAAGAAUAACAGCUCGUGAG